AGUCCGCUUGAGGCGCCUCCACCCUUCUACCGCUGAUGUCUAGUCAGCAGCCCCAGGCCCGGGCCAACAAAACACCUCUCCCGGAGAAAAGCAACCCUUGACUCCCCGCAAACGACACCAGGAUGAGCAUUCCCGGCAGAGAGCAAUACACUGGAUCCCCCUCCAGGCUGCUGGGGAACAGGGGUGGGCCUCAGUGCUGCGCGAUCCGAGGUGGAGGAGCGCUCAGUGGACGGCGCGACGUGGCCGGGGCCCGGGAUGCCGCCGCGACGGGGUGGGGAGGCUGCCUUUCGCGGGGACCCUGGAGACCUGGAGACGACACCGUGUACCCACCAUGAGUCUUGACAUCCGCUGCGAGCAGCUGAGUGAUGCCAGGUGGACAGAGCUUCUGCCCCUGAUCCAGCAGCACCAAGUGGUCAGGCUGGAGGACUGUGGUCUCACGGAGGGGAGGUGCAAGGACAUCGGCUCCGCUCUGCGGGCCAACUCAGCCCUGGCAGAGCUCAGCUUGCGCACCAACGCGCUGGGGGACGCCGGUGUGUGCCUGGUGCUGCAGGGCCUGCAGAGCCCCACGUGCAAGGUCCAGAGUCUCAGCUUGCAGAACUGUGGCCUGACGGAGACUGGCUGCCGUGUCCUGGCCAGUGUGCUGCGCUGUACUCCCACCCUUCGGGAGCUGUACCUCAGCGACAACCCCCUGGGGGACCCAGGCCUGCGGCUGCUCUCUGAGGGACUCCUGGACCCCCAGAGCUGCCUGGAGAAGCUGGAGCUGGAGUCCUGCAACCUCUCGGCUGCCAGUUGUGAGCCUCUGGCUGCCAUGCUGAGGGCCAAACCCAACUUCAAGGAGCUGGUGGUGAGCAACAAUUGCAUCCAGGAGGCUGGCAUCCGCAUGCUGUGUGGGGGCCUGAAGGAGUCCACCUGUCUGCUAGAGACGCUCAGACUAGAUAACUGCGGUGUCACAUCAGCCAACUGCAAGGAUCUAUGUGAUGUUGUAGCUGCCAAGCCCUCCCUGCAGGAGCUGGACCUGGGUGGCAACAGGCUGGGCGACGCAGGCAUCGCAGCACUGUGCCCAGGGCUGCUGCACACCAGCUGCAGGCUCAGGAAGCUGUGGCUCUGGGAGUGCGACAUCACUGCUGAGGGCUGCAGGGACCUGGGCCAGGUCCUCAGGGCCAAGCAGAGCCUGAAGGCGCUCAGCCUGAUGCUCAACGAGCUGGGGGAUGAGGGAGCCCGGCUGCUGUGUGAGGCCCUGCAGGAGCCCAGCUGUCAGCUGGAGUGUCUGUGGGUGCGGGUCUGCAGCUUCACAGCCACCUGCUGCCCCCACUUCCGUGCACUGCUGGCACAGAACAAGUUUCUCACGGAGCUGCAGCUGGGUGAGAACAGGCUGGGUGACGCUGGUGUGCAGGAGCUCUGCCAGGGCCUCAGCCAGCCGGGCUCUGUGCUCCGGGUGCUUGGGAUAGGGGACUGCGACUUGAGUGACAACUGCUGCAGCAACCUGGCCUCAGUCCUGCUGGCCAGCUGUAGCCUGCGGGAACUGGAUCUCAGCAACAAUGGCCUGGGGGACCCAGGUGUCCUGCGGCUGGUGGAGAGCCUCCGGCAGCCAGGCUGCGUGCUGGAGUGCCUGCUCCUCUUCGAUGUCUACCUGAGUGAUGGGGUGAAUGACCAGCUGCAGGCUCUGGAGGAGGAGAAGCCAACCCUGAGGAUCAUCUCCUGAGGUCCUCCUUCCGCAGGCACCCAGAAUCUGUCCUUGGGACAUGGAGGCGGGUCCACACCGCUGACCAGCUCUCCGGGGCUUCCUCCAAGGAUGUCCUGGCAGUGACUGGGUAGAGAUAUAUUGCAAUCUACUUCUUUUUAUAAUUAUUAAAGGGCUUUGUUGGCAGGCA